AUGGCAGAUGAAGUGGGCUGCAGUGAGGAUGUGAAGACAAACUCUGUGACGGGGGAGGUGAUCAUCUCCCAUCAGAAUAACAAGCACCUCCUCGCCGCUCAUCUUCCUCGUCCUCAUCUUCAUUCCACUUCUCUUUCUGCAGUCCGUCCUCCAUCAGAUCAGAUCUACCUGCAGGCAGCAGCAGUUUUCCAGCAGCUGCAUACUGAGAGGCCAGUCACACAUCAGGGUCUGCAUUAUGGAAAAAAAACGGACACACCACCACCCGAGAGCAAACCUGCAGAGAAACAGGCCUACCAACUCGCCUUCAGCACCCUCAAAUAUCAAGAUUUACUGGAGGCCAUGAUUACUGACAGCUGCUUCCACACUUCUCAGCAGAUUUCCAGCGACUUGUUGCCGUUGGCGAUGGUGAUGCUGUUUGACUUCCAGGACAGAAGGUUUUUGAUGUGUGAACGAUCCACAAAAGAAGGGCAGGAGGUUAUUCAGGAAGUCAGAGACAUGGAGAAAAGUCUGCAGAGGUGUAAGACCAAGCUGGCAGCAUCUCUGGCUCGCUACAGAGUGAAGGAGAGUCUGCAGAGUGUCUCCUGCUUUCUGUCUGAUGCUGUCAGAACCAAACAGCACCGAGCAAAGAGUCUGCCACUAUACGCAUGGAUCAACACUCUGCAGACCAGUCUUGAGGAGGUUCGUGAAGCGUUGCAGAGCACUGGCUUGCAUGAAGUAGAGAACAUGACGGAUCUGAGGGAGGCGACGUUCUGCAUGGAUCCUCUCUGUCCAGACACACUCGUCUUCUCCCAACGUCUUCAGGCUCUGCUCCAGCACAGCAGCCUCGACAGCACACAUAUGCUGAACAUACAGGACAGGAGCGUGUGCGUUGCGGUGAGCGCGUUGCGCCCCCUGCUGUUCGAUAAAGGUGACGUCCUGGUGGCUGGAUCCUUCUCAGCUGUGACCGUCGCACAUGUAGCUGUUGCAGCAGCUGCCCGCUCAGGCCGAGUGUUGCUGUGCGCUGCUGAUCAUAAACCUUCACAAGUAGAAGAAAUACAAGAACGACUCACACAAAUGGCCAUCAAAAACGUUCGCAUCCUGUCAGACGCAUUCUGCAACCUGAAUGAGUUCGACGCCACCGUCCAGCGGUUGAAGGUCAUCAUCGUGCUGCCACAGUGCUCGUCUUCGGCCCUCAGUGACCCGGUGACCACCAUCCACAGCGAACAUGGCGACUGGGAUUUGCUGCCGGAGUUGUCUCAUGGUUCUGUUUCUAAGAACAAAAUACACUCUCUGACCUUCCAGCAGGCUCGACUACUGGGACACGCCCUCAGCUUCCCAAAAGUCCAGACUGUGGUCUACUGCACACGCUCAGUAUAUGCCGAGGAGAAUGAACACCUGGUGAAAAGAGUGUUGGAGAAAGCACACACUCACCCCAAACUGCUACCCUUCAGGGUGAACGGUCCGAUUUUCCCUGAUGACUCCCCGUCAGGAGACGCAACAGACUCCAAGUUUUUCAGGCUAAAAGCAUCUCAGUUCACAAACGGCUGCUUCAUUGCCAGACUGUCCCGACAGGCCGAUCCCACGAAGGUAGAAACGGUCCAGGAUGUGCUGGCGAGGGCAGCAGCAAAGGGCCUCCUGGGCGGAAUAAUUCCUGAACAAUCAAAAACUGGCAAAAAGGGGAAAGGCAAGAAGAAUCAAGCGGCUUCAGCCACCAGCAAACCUUCUUCCCCCUCCAGCGAAGAGAGACGGAUGGGAGAAGAGCUUGUAAAGGAAGAGGAUCCAGCUGCAGCUUCAGAAAACGAAGAGGGGAAAGUUGAGGGAGAGUUUAAGGACGGUGAAGAACAGGAGGAAAAGGAGGAAGCUAAGGAGGAAAAGAAGAGGAGGCGUAAGCAAACAGUCAAACGGCGUCCAAGACUACCCAAGAAGACGCCCACAGCCUCCAAACCUAAAAGCCACAAGAAGAAACCAACAAAGAGAAAAGACAACCAACCACAUUUCAGGAGGCGUCAGACGAAAAGCAAACCAAGACGAAUACCUCGACUCACGCUGACGUUAAUCUCGUCUGCGAAAUCCUCCAACCACUUGUCUCCAAUCGCAGCUCUCGCACACAAGCUGAGUGUCACUCCUGCCGUUAAAUCCCAGCAGACUGUCCUCAGCUCUCCUCCUCCAGCAAGAAAACAUCCGUCUACUGCUCAUCGCGGUCCAGCGGCUCCCCACAACACCUCCAAGAAACAAAACCCAAAGCCGGAAAAGGCAGAGAAAACACAGAAGGACGCGGCUAAACUGGUGAGAAAAGUGAUCAAACCAGAAAACGAGGUGGUGAAACAGCCGGCAGAUUUUGUUUUGCCUCCAAUUUCAUCAACGUCUUCAAGUUCUCAACACAGCAAAAGUGGACGUUCCGCCUUACAGCCGCUUUCCAGGACGUCCAACUCUCAGCUCGCCAACAUUUCUGCAUCUUCGUCCUCAGUGUCUCUGCCUGGACUGUAAAAUCU